AUGUAUUUUUGGAUGCCUCCAACACAGGUAGCGGAAGAGAGACGAGCCCCCUUAAGAGCCAUGGCCAAUGCCUGUGGCCCCAAAGACCGUUGGCAGCCCCAGGAGGGAGAGUCCAGGGCGACCUACCAGAAAACUGAGCCAGAGGCCAGAUGGGCCAAGAGGCUGCCUGUGUCGACAGAUGAUGGCAUUAUCAUCGGCUUCCAUGAGGACGACAGCCCCUCUCAUUCAGAUGGCUGUAUGGCGGAAGAGGCUGUGCUGAUCUACCUACAUGGCCUCCAGGGCCUCUAUAGCCUGCAGGAGUUGGUGCCUGGCAUGUUUCGUCAUGAGACUGAGCUGGCCAUGGAGACGCUUGGUCUUAUCUAUGACAGGAGCUACGCAUGGGACAUCUUCUCUGACAUGAUGAGAAGUCAGUUGCGGUUCACCUUCCCCAAUGCAGACCUACCCAGACCUUUCACAAACACCACCCGUGCCAUCCUGGUCGACUGGCUCAUCCAAGUCCAUGAGGUGUUCCAUUUCUCAGAGGAGACCCUCUACUUGUCUAUCCACCUCCUGAACCGCUGCCUACACCAGAUCAAGGUGAACACAGCCAAACUGCAGCUGCUGGGAAUGGUCUGUCUUUUCCUGGCUGCCAAGAAAGAAGAGUGUCUUCUCCCUGAGGUGUCUGAGCUGUGCUACCUCAUGGAGAAUGGCUACUCCAAUAGACAGCUGCUCCGUAUGGAGCGCCAGGUCCUCACUGAGCUGAAGUUUGAGCUUUCCCACUGCUCUCCGCUGCACUUCCUGCUCCUCUCUGCCUCAAUCGCCCACUGCAGCGCCAAGUUGGUGUGGAUGGGCCGUUAUAUUCUGGAGCUCUCUCUGUUGGAGGGACAGUGUGUGGUGUUCCUGGCUGCCCACCUGGCUGGUGCUGCCCUCUGUCUGUCCCGCAGGGUACUGCAGGAGCCCCCCACCCCAGAGGGAGAGACUGCCUGGUGUGUUGCCUCCAGUAUCCACAUAGGCAGUGAGACGACCCUGCUGAGGAUAAUGCUCAUCCAGGCAAGGGCUGCAGCCCGGGCCCAGAGCAGAGACACUCGCGCUACUUUCCUCAAGUACUCCACAGCAGGGACCAUGCAUGUCAGCAGCCACCCUUCCCUGCUGAGUGCCACCUGUAUGUUGGGCCAGCCAACUACACGCACCUGA